AACUUAUACAUUUAGCAAAAAACAAAUCUACAAGUACAUCUUUGUCUACUUCGGCUCCUGGUCUUGUAUUUUAAUACUUAACCCUAAACAAAAUGUAAAUGGAUUAAUGAUCACAAAGCGGCUAUCUUCAUACGAAUACAACUUAUACACGUAACAUAACCCGUCAUGCCCUCGAGUGUUUUGAGGAAAAUAUUGACAUUUUGAAGCGGGACGCAUGCUGAUUCAAAAUCAAGAACAGGAAGUAAAAUACUGAUACUGUCUGUGAAAUAGCCUAUUUUUGAUCAUGCAGUAACAAAGACAUUUCAGAUAUCACGGAGAAGUUAAGAAUAAAGUGCUUGAAAGUAAUUUGGAAAUUCAGUUAAAUGAUCAGCAAGAUAUUUACAAGUGAGAAUAUAUCCACGAGAAUUUGGUGAAAAUGGAAACACAUAGAGUAUACACAAUUUACUUGACAAUGUUGUUUCUAACGUUGAAACAGAUAGCAGAAGUCAGCGCAACCUAUAUCGACACAGAUCAGAAGACAAAUUGUAAAACACAACAAAUCUAUCAUCGGGUGUCUUUAAAUUGCAGUCAUCAAAACCUGACCUAUAUUCCAAAUACCGAGACCUUCGUGCAAAGUCUGAUAUUUGGAUACAAUUUUUUAACAAAUGUCACGUCGGGAACAUUUACAAAUAUCAGCAACCCGGGAGAUUUGAUAGAGCUUCAGCUCGAUCACAACGACAUUAAGAACAUUUCAUCAGAUGCUCUUCUUACGUUUACAAAAUUGAAAUACUUGUAUUUAUCAAACAAUCCUAUAGACUACAACAACUUGAAAGAUCUUUUCGGCUCUUUGGCAAAAUUGAAAUUUCUUUCGCACUUGAGAUUGAGCGACGUACCCACUAUCACUCUGGGAAAAGAUUUAUUUUCACUACUGGAAGAAAAUCGAAUUGGAACGUUAGAAGUAAAAUUCUACAAGUUGACAAAAUUUUCAAUGGACACGUUUAGAAAUUUUAACAAUUUGAGAAGUAUUUAUCUUAGAGACAAUCAAAUUGUGGAGCUGAUUUUAUCUAAACAUAAAAAUUUGCAGUCUUUAUACAUUGACCACAAUACUCUAAGAGUAUUCCCUAACUUUUCAUUGAGUGGAAAUGAUUCAGACUGCUAUUUUCCAAACUUGGAAGUUCUCAAUGUCCAAAGCAACAGUAUAGAUGCUCUUAAUCCGAACAAUUUCAAAUGUCUGCAGAAAUUACAUAAUCUUAAACUUGGUCAAAAUCCUAUUAAAGUAUUGCGGAACAACGUCUUGUCAGAGUUACCUAAUCUUGAUUUGUUACAAUUGAGGUAUUUGAGAGCAGGAAGUUUAUUGAUUGAACCAUUUGCUUUCAAUUCAACAUCACUCAAACAGCUGAAGUUCGGACUAGGAAGUAGAGCUAGAGAUGUUUUCGUUUCUUUCAAUGACACAUUCAAGUUUUUGCCAAAUCUGAAGCGUUUGAUAAUAUAUCGAAUCAACAUGCUAGAAGUAACAAGUGAACAAUUAGCAAGUCUAUUUUCUCCCCUCACUAAUCUCACUUUAUUCCGUUGUUUCGCGUGUAAGAUUUCACAGGAUCCGAAAUUCAUCUUGAAUAAUAUGAAUUCUGUAAGUAAUAUUGGUCUGCAAGGCAAUCUUAUUAAAACAGUAAGUGGCGAAACGUUUGCGAAAAACAACUAUUUGAAAUUUCUCAAUUUAAGAUAUAAUCAAAUUGGCCACAUAAAGGAGUCAGCUCUUCCAAGAACACUUUUAGGAAAAUUGCAUCAGUUAGAUCUCAGUGAAAACCCCUUUGUGUGUGACUGUGAACUUGAAUGGUUUAUUAACUGGCUGAAAAGUAAACCAAAAGGGACAAUAGUCGAAAAUUAUCCACACGGCUAUAUAUGCUUCAGACCGGCUGGAAUGUCUAAUAAACAGCUGUCAGAAGUGACCUUCACCUACAGAGAAUGCCACCCGUGGAGUCCCUGGAUUUGGACCGCCGUUAUUGCUUCGCCUUGUAUCAUUGUGAUAGCCAUUGUCGGUAUUCUACUCUACAGAAAUAGAUGGAAUAUUAAGCAUUAUAUCUAUUUGUUACGAAAAAGAAGAAGCUACAAGGCAAUACCUGGAAAUGACUACGUCUUUGAUGCCUUUGUUGCCUAUAAAGCAGAGGAUUCCGAAUGGGUACACGAUAGGCUACUUCCGGUUCUUGAAGAUGAAAUUGGGUUGAAAUUAUGCAUUCAUGAACGAGAUUUUAAACUAGGAGUGUUUAUAAACGACAAUAUUAUUACCAAUAUAGAUGCUAGUGAGAAAAUGAUUCUGAUUCUUUCGAAUUCCUUUGCACGUAGUGGAUGGUGUAUGUUCGAGCUGAAAGUUGCGCAUACUAAACUCAUUGAAGAAGAAAAAGAAUUGGUGAUUAUUCUCUUAGAGAAAAUAGAUGCAAAAAAUAUGAAAAAUUCUAUCAAAGUUCUUUUAAAUACGACAACUUAUAUAGAAUGGACAGAGGAUCAAGUGGGCCAAGAUCUGUUCUGGACAAAACUUAAAAAUGUUCUUAAGAAGUGAAGCCUAUAAAAUGUUACACGUGAUAAAAUGUAUAAGAAGAUGCGUUCGAAGUAUAGCGCGCAACAAAGCAAAAAAAAAAUAGCAGACGGUAUUAAGUCUGUGCACGAGUGGUUAUGAAAAAUGUGUAACAAUUCUCACGCCCCUACCCCUGGCUGAUGCGGAAUUCUAUCAUACAUAAACUUAGAAUGGACUGAGUGAUCAAAAAGCACAAGAAAAUACUUACUGUGAAAUGAUACUAAUUCAUGGGGAAUAUUUUUGUGGAUUUUGUCCUUGCAUCAAUCCACGAAAUUUAAUCACAACAAACUUAUACAAUUCUGAACCAACUGAUAAAUGAAAUAGACAUUUUCAAACGUCAUGCUUACGGAAAUAAACGAUUUUACAGUAUUGAUAUUGACAACAACAUAUCAAUGAUAAAUCUUAUAAAUAAAACGAAACGGGGGAAGGUACGUGUGUGCUAGACUGGCUCCAGUCCCUAUGUUUGUUCUUCUUUACAUAUAUUAUAUUUUAUUCAUUAAGAGGGACGUUACUCCAGCAGGUUGUUUCUACAUUGAUAUUUUGUAUUGCCCCUGGCUCCGAAUAUGUAUGGUUCAGCCAUCAGAUAAAAUGUGCUAUUUUAGAGGCUUAAAAUUUUAUUAUAAAAUGUUAGCAUUAUUUAUAUAAAAAUAACCAUGCAGCCAGGGAGCCAGGUUACGUGUGUGCCUACGAGCGUGCAUGCGUGAGUGCGUAUGUACGUACGGUUGUUGUGAGUAGCGUGUGUACAGGUUUAACGUUCAACAAGUUUUCAGUCAUAUAAACGACGGUGUCUAGUUGUAGCUCAAAAUUUAUAGUGCUAUCACACUCUAAUAUCACACCCUUUGUGACGUGUCGCGAUACCUCACCCAGUAACAUUAUAACGCGGUACCAGCGGUAAAUCGAGAAAGAGGUUGUUAAAUUUGUAAAUGAUAUUGGUAAUACAUACUAUAUUUUAUUAAAUGUUGCAUUAAUAAGCUUAUACUAUACAUAAAUAUACAUAUAGUGCAGUGAAAAUAUUUGUAUCAUAGUUUAUAUAAUACAUAUAACAUAUAAUGUUUAAUAGCUUGUAUUACAAAUAAAUUGGGUAAAAAGGG